AUGCAACACCAGACCAAAGCAGCCGCACGUCGAUGUUUGUUGCCAAUGACAGUCGCCUGCUCGCUAAAGUCAUGGCGUUGCUCAAACAAAGUUGCUGUGUCGCCGGUCGUUUCUCCACAAACCAUCUGUGGCUGAGUACCAGAAGCAGCCCACACGUUUACAGCAGCAGUCUGUCCACUGUGGCCAAAUCCUCCCCAGACAGAGCUGACAGGAAGAAGGAGCUCCUGGGUGACGACGGGCCUGACCUGCAAGACUUUAUUUCAGGGGAUCUGUCAGAGAAAAGCAAGUGGGACGAAUAUAAAGGCAACCUGAAGAGAGAGAAGGGAGAGAGGCUGCGUCUUCCUCCGUGGCUGAAGACGGAGAUCCCCAUCGGGAAAAACUACAACAAGCUGAAGAACACACUGAGAGACCUCAACCUGCACACGGUGUGUGAGGAGGCCAGGUGUCCUAACAUUGGAGAAUGCUGGGGGGGAGGAGAGUACGCCACAGCAACCGCCACCAUCAUGCUCAUGGGGGACACGUGUACCCGUGGGUGCAGGUUCUGCUCCGUGAAGACAGCCCGUCGCCCCCCACCGCUGGACCCAGACGAGCCGUACAACACAGCCAAGGCCAUCGCAGCCUGGGGUCUGGACUACGUGGUCCUCACCUCGGUGGACAGAGACGAUAUUUCAGACGGAGGAGCAGAGCACUUUGCCAAGACCGUCUCCAAUCUGAAGGAAAGGAACUCUCAGAUAUUGGUUGAGUGUCUGACCCCAGAUUUCCGCGGCGACCUGUCUGCAGUGGAGAAGAUCGCCCUGUCAGGGUUAGACGUCUACGCCCACAAUGUGGAGACGGUGCGAGAGCUGCAAAGGCAUGUCCGUGACCCCCGAGCGAACAUUGACCAGUCCCUGAGCGUCCUGAAGCACGCUAAAAAAGUCAACCCCACUGGGCUCACCAAGACGUCGAUCAUGCUGGGACUCGGGGAGACCGACCAGCAGAUACUCGACACACUGACCGAGCUGAGAGAGGCAGGCGUGGACUGUCUGACUCUGGGCCAGUACAUGCAACCCACCAAACGGCACCUUAAGGUGGAGGAAUACGUCACUCCAGAGAGGUUUGCACACUGGGAGAAAGUUGGCAAUGAGAUGGGCUUCAUUUACACAGCCAGCGGGCCACUGGUGAGAUCCUCCUACAAAGCAGGCGAGUUCUUCCUGAAGAAUCUACUGAACAAGAGAAAAGUAGAAGCAACAACAGCAGAAUGAGAAGCACCAAAGCAGCAGCUUCUAGAGGCUCUCUUCUUUUUAAUGUAGCUGCCAGCAAUAACUAUACACACGCACAACUUCAGCUCUACGUUAGUGCAUCACUGUUAGCUUGAAAAUAGAUUCAUCACAUAUGACAAACAGGACUCAUGAGAAGUACAGGGACCAAUCGUUUGCACUGUUUCAACCAUGACGGCCCCAGAGAGAGGAGUUUAAGAGACAGGAGAUCAAAGAGGGCGAGCAGAAGUUUAGAGCCUGCAGAUAUGAAGAUCACCUGGGAGCACACUCACUUUGUGACACCCUGACUGAAGGAAAUACAACUUAGGGUUAACCGCCGCUGUAAUUUGCCAUCUCUGCACCUCAAGGAGGGGUGGGGCCCUAAAUCUGUUCUACCAUGAACUCCCUCCCCUCAGGGGCCCCGGGCUUCAGGUGAAGAGCCGCUGACCUGUGACAUCGAGCUCUGCGGGAGCUCUUUGAUGUCCGCUGCUGCAGGACUGACGAUUUAAUGAAGCAGAAGUUUUUUUUUUUUUUUUGGUCUGAGAGUUCUUGUCCCCACAAAAACGUGAAAUUAUGAAUGAUACUCAAAUGUAUGGUUGUCAGAGAGCUUAAACACGGUGUCACGGCAUUUUUGAAUUUGUAUAACAUGAGAGAAAGUGCAGUUUGAUCUUAAUUGGCCUUUAAUCGUUUCCUGAAAUUUAAGAGGUUCUGUUUCUUUAAAAGGACUUUGUCUCUCUGUGACUGAUGAAAAGCCUGUUUAGCCUCAAACUGUUCAUUUCUUAAUGUAAUAAAAUAUAUAUUUUAAACUUAAAGAAA